UGACUUUUUAAAUUACCUUUAAGAAUAGUUCUAUAGUGACAAAUUUCACAGGACCUUCGACUGUGUUAAGAUUAAAAACAAUACUUGAUGAUGUUUAAACCUCAAAUCCACGAAGCUUUGAAACCGUUGAGUUUUUUAAUCGGAAAAUGGAAAUCUAUUAGUGCUAAGGGUGCAUAUCCCACGAUAAACCCUUUUACAUACUGCGAAGAAGUAACGUUUUCUUCGAUUGGACAGCCCUUGUUGAACUACAAUUCCAUCGCAUACAACCCCAACGGGCCCAAACCCAUGCACUUGGAGUCAGGGUUUUUAAGGAUAAAAGCUGCGGGCACCAAUGAAGUGGCAUUUAUGGUGGCUCAUAACUUUGGUUUGACUUCUCUGGAGGAAGGCACAGUUAAGGGUAAUGAAAUUUGCCUUAAAAGCGUCCAGAUUGCAAGAAUGACGUUUGCCAAAGAUCCUGCAGUGAUUGGUAUUGAAAGGUGUUACUCGUUGAUCGAAGAAGGCAAGUUGCAACUAAUUUUGUCCAUGGAGACUGAGAAUAUUGGGCUUACUGAACAUUUGAGGGUUGUAUACGAGAAAAUUGAUUAAUUUUUUAUAAUUUACUGUAUAUAUUUGUUAAAUAAAAUAAUAAUAUGUUGAUUUUUUUAUUAUUAAAUAAAAGUAUUUUUACAUUUAUGUGGGUA